ACGGAGCUUUAUGCACAACUUUUAAGACACUUUAAACAGCUUGUGAUGGACUGAAUAGUCACGAUAUUCAUAAUUGUGUGUGCGUGCCUGUGUGUGUGCGUGUGUGUAAAUGAAGCUGUCAUUCAGACAAAUGGCCGACAUUGUGAUGGUGAACGGUUUUGUAAAAUACACAGAAAAUGGGAACCUGAGCAAAUGGGUUUAAACAUCAGAGUCACAGAGACAGACAGAUGGGGAGAGGGGGGAGGUAAAGAGAGAGAGAGGGGGAGAAAGUCUUUCACUCCUGCAGACAGUGUUUUGAAGUCUCCAGGCACUGUGAGUGUAACUUAAUUAAAAAGAGCACAAGCGAGGGGGAGAGAGAUCUGGCAUGGUUCGUGUUUGUGCUGACAUUACAGCCUGUUGCUGCUUUGUUUGUGUGUCGGACAUUAGAUGCUGCUGAUGUGUGUGAGGGAGCGACAGAAAGCGAGAGAGAGAGAGAGAGAGAGAGAGAGAGAGUCGGAUUAGACUCAGAUGCAAACAGAUGACAGGAAAAGAAGAAAAACACCACCCCCCUCCUUCCUGGGCUCGGCCAUUUGGCUGUCAGACGGACCUCAGAAAGGAGGGAGAAGAAAAGAGGGGAAGCGGCUCUGAAGUAAAGAAAAGAAGAAAAGAGGGGAGGGGGGCAGGAACAAGGUAAAAGAGGAGAGGAGCAACAACUCCAACCAGAACAGAGAGAGAAAGAGAGAGAGAGGAGGGUGAGGAGGAGGCAGCGAGUGUCUGAUGAAAAGAGAGAGAAGUGAGAGAAAGUGGAGAGAGCAAAAGAGAAAGAAAAGAGUGAUAGUAAAAGGAAGGAAAAGAAGAAAGAAGUACUGGAGGAGGAAGAGAAGGAGGGAGGACUAAACACGGGGGAGUUCUCCCGCUCAGGAGGCAGCGAUCGUAAAACGCCCUCCUCCACAGCUGUGAACAUUGCUGUCACACACACACACACACUCACUCACACACACUUGCUUGACAGUACUCACAUGCUACAAACUCAAGAACACACUCUUUCUUUGUCCUGUCUGUGGACUGUGUCUACACACACACACACACUCACACACACACACAUACUAAUACUGAUAAAAUCGGACAUAAACCCAGAGGAAAAAGGCAGGGCAGCGAUGGGCUGGGAGCAUGGAGACUCCUAUUGACUUCUACAGGCACUUCUCCUGGCUCAAAAAGGUGAACCUGUGUUCUCCAGCCAACAAUGAAUCCUACCAAGAGCGACUGCUCCGCCUAGAGGGAGACAAGGAGUCUCUGGUGCUACAGGUGAGCGUUCUGACGGACCAGGUGGAGGCUCAGGGAGAGAAAAUCAGAGAUCUGGAAAGUUCUCUGGAGGAACACCGGCAGAAACUGGCCUCCACUGAGGAGAUGCUGCAACAGGAGCUGAUAAGCAGGACCUCUCUAGAAACUCAGAAGCUGGAUCUGAUGGACGAGGUGUCCUACCUCAAACUGAAGCUGGUUAGCAUGGAGGAGACGCACACCAACACACACCCACAAGAUCCUACGGACACAAAGCAGAACAAGGCUGAGUGUGUGGUAAAUCUCAUCAGUGAGCUCCAGGAGCAGAUGUGCAGGUUUCAGGCAGAGAUCAGCACUCGCAUCCAGGAGAAACGGGCCCUGGAGGAGAGGGAGGCCCAGCAGGGGGAGCCCACAGGCAGCCAAGCCCAGGGCCACCGCCCUCAGCUCGAGUUAGCCGGCUCAGGCCUUAGCCUGUCUGGCUCUGACGCCUGGAUGCACAAUGGAGGACAGACUGUACACGAUUUGUUACAAGAAGUGAAGCAGCUGAAAAGCAAAGUGGAGGAGUUGGAAGGAGAGAAGAGCCAAUAUGAGAGAAAACUAAGAGCAACCAAGGCUGAAAUCUCAGAGCUGCAGCAGCUCCUGGCCUCCAAAGACGCAGAGAUCGAGUGCCUGCAGACCCAGCUGCUGGCCAGAGACGGCACGGCCAAUGACAACGCAGAGAGAGACCAGGAAUACCAGAGGCUGAAGGUGGGGAUGGAGUCUCUGUUGGCUUCAAAUGAUGAAAAGGAUCGUCGUAUAGAGGAGUUGACCGUUCUGCUUGGCCAAUACAGAAAGAUGAGGGAAGUCAUGGCUCUCACUCAGGGGAGCAGUGAAGAGGAGCUGACUGGCAGUUUAAAACUCAGAGCCAUCACACACAAAGCACACUCAGAUAUCCUGAGGUCAGAGAUGUCGUCAAGAGGAUCUUCUCCACUUAUGUUAUCUUCAUCCCCUUACCAGAGAGAAUUGGACAUAAGUAUCCAGAACUCCAUGGACACGUCGUUGGUGUCGUCCGGAGAAACAAGCUUCUUAAACGGAUCGUGGCAUCAGCGCAGGUUGCUGUCCAGCAGUCUUGAAGAGUUACAGAGUGGAUUUUUACAAAAGGCCGUAGAGAUCCAGCCAGCUGAAAGUGAAUCAGAUGUGGGGGCAGAGAAUCCUCAAAUGGAGCUGAGCAAGUACCAGACUCUGCCGGGGAAACUGAGUAAGAAGAGUGAGCUGAGGGUUGAGCUGAAUGGAGACGGAGAGUAUUUAUCUCCCGUCCAGCUCUCUCCUGUUCACAGCAACGACCAGGGCUACAGACUGAUUCGCUGCAGGAGCGCCAGUGCUCCGGCUUUAGGAUCUCCUGGAAAACAUGACCUCUAUGAUGUUGGGCCUCCAGAGAAGCUGGAGGAGAGCGUCCUUUCAGACCAGUCCCCCCUGUCCUCUGGAGUGGACUCUGGACAACAGUCGCCUGUCUCACCAGAGAACAGGAAGACUCACAGAGGCAUUAAGAAACUCUGGGGGAAGAUCCGCCGCAGCCAGUCAGGUAGUCCUGUCCAGGUUCACGACCCAGAGCUGGGAGAGUUCAAGAGGGGAGGCUUCAGAGCCACAGCUGGGCCACGACUGGCUCGUCCAGGGAACACACGAGACCUGAAGAUGCCUUUUUCCAAGUGGAGCUCGGAGCAGGUGUGUGACUGGAUCGAGGACAUUGGACUCAGUCAGUACAGCGUCCUCGCUCGCCAAUGGGUCACCAGCGGUCAGACUCUACUGUCGGCCACCCCGCAAGACCUGGAGAAGGAGAUGGCAAUGAAGAAUCCGCUCCACAGGAAGAAGCUCCAGUUAGCCAUCAAGACGCUGAGCAGCAAGCAGCCGGAGAAGUCCGCAGAGCUCGAUUACGUCUGGGUCACUCGUUGGCUCGAUGACAUCGGACUCCCUCAGUACAAAGAUCAGUUUAAUGAAGGAAGAGUGGACGGACAGAUGCUGCAGUACCUCACUGUGAAUGACUUGUUAUUCCUAAAAGUGACGAGUCAGCUCCAUCACCUCAGCAUCAAGUGCGCCAUUCAUGUCCUCCAUGUCAACAAGUUUAACCCUAACUGCCUCAAACGCAGGCCCAGCAAUGAGAACCAGUUCACUCCCAACGAGGUGGUCCAGUGGUCCAACCACCGAGUUAUGGAGUGGCUGAGAUCAGUGGACCUGGCGGAGUACGCACCAAACCUGAGGGGCAGCGGCGUGCAUGGAGGGCUGAUAAUGCUGGAGCCUCGGUUUAACUCCGACACGAUGGCGAUGCUCCUGAACAUCCCUCCUCAGAAAACACUGCUGAGACGCCACCUAACCACCAACUUCAACAGUCUGGUGGGAGAACAGGCACAGCAGGAGAAGAGGGAGUACACUGAGGCGGUGGGUUACACCCCACUCAGCAUCACGGCCAAAGUUAAGCCAAAGAAGUUGGGCUUCUCUAACUUGACUCACCUCAGGAGAAGACGAGCGGACGAAUCCACAGAUUACGUCUGUCCCAUCGAGUCGUCCUCCCCACAGUCGGGACAGUCUGUGGUGAACGGGGUGCAGAUGCGUCCCUACGCCGGCUUCAGAGGCCUGAGUCCCAUCCUGGACAGAGAGCCCGACCGCUCCAGGGACCAGAUGGCGAUUACAGAGGGUACCAUGUUGCAAAUAGAAGCUCUGUCUGAAAGCAUCAACAACCUCACACAGGGCAGGGGACAGGAGCGGAGGGCAGAUAGUGGACUUGGAACUACAGAAACUUUGAGACCCAUCCUGUGUAUCAGGGAGACCACUCUCUGAACUCCUGCCCUCCAUCAUAAGUCCACCAUGGGCCAGACCAUCAGCAAACCCACUUCUAACCCCUCACAGAGCUCAAAAUUCUUCUUCUCUUUGAGACGCACCCCAACCAGCCAACCGACCGUCGAUCGGAACA